GACUCGCGAAACGCUCCGUGACGUCACUAACGCCUCUCGGUUUGACAACAACAGAUGUUGGAUGAGAUGUGACAGAGACCGGUGACACACAACACCUCUCUCUCUCUCUCUCUCUCUCUCUCUCUCACACGGUUGUCCGGUAAGGUGUCGCGUGCAGUCCCUGUCCUACGCGGGGAUAAAACGCAUUCACCACCAAGGACAGGACAGGACAGGACCGGAGAGGAGAGGAGAGGACAGGACCGGAGAGGACAGGACAGGAGAGGACAGGUUGAUGGAUCCAGCACAGCCUGGCCAAAGCUGCUCAUUCCUGAUGCAAUCCACAGGAGCACCAAGGCUUAGCCCAGCUUCAGUUCCCAUCCUGCCCCCUCCAGCUUCAGUCUGCCCCACCACAAAGACAUUAAACCCUCCAGCGAUCAGCACUGCCAAGACAUCAGAUACAUCCCUGCAGGAAUGUGGAGGCCCAGUGUCCACCUCUUUAGGCUCUGUUAGCAUCAGCCGACCCAGGCCUACUGCCAGAUCUGGGGUAAAGUCCCCUAGAACCGUGGACCCUCCUGCCAUUUUACCCAUUAUUCCAGCGACAAGCUCUACGUCUCAAUCCCCUGCGGAGCCACUACAAGGACGCCGCAGCCCACAGAGCUCACAAAAUUCUCAACUCAGCCCCAAAGAUACUCAGCUCAGUCCAAAUGCCCCUCUUAGUCCAAUUCACGCCCAGCUUAGCCCCAGCGCCAAACCCAAGUCGUUAACUUUCCCUAGUCCUCCUGUACAACCUGGUCGAAGCGCAACUACACACUCGAGUCUUCUCCCUAAACCAAACCUUAACACUCAGUCCAUCCCUAUUCCACAACCCAGUCUCCAGAGCCAAACUCCAGAGCCGAUCAUCAUAAGUCCUGGCACUGCAGAAAAAGCUCCACACAAGAAGCCCUCCAAUGAUUAUGAAGAUUUUAGGGUUCACAUCGUCACGUGGAACGUCGGCUCAGCGAUGCCACCUGAUGACAUCAGCGGUCUGUUCGGCCCAGGAGUCACUGAUGGGAGCACAGACAUGUUUAUCAUUGGGCUGCAGGAGGUGAACUGUAUGAUCAAUAAGAGGCUGAAGGAUGCGCUCUUCAUAGACCAGUGGAGUGAGCUGUGCAUGGACACACUCGGCCGUUUCGGUUAUGUGCUGGUGGCGUCUCAGAGGAUGCAGGGCGUUUUGCUCCUGGUUUUCUCCAAGUUUUGCCACUUGCCUUUCCUGCGUGGGAUUCAGACCCAAAGCACCCGAACUGGCCUCGGCGGCUGCUGGGGAAAUAAGGGUGGAGUGAGUGUGAGGAUGAUGAUGUUUGGUCACCCCGUGUGCUUUCUAAACUGCCAUCUGCCGGCUCACAUGCGGAACCUGGAGCAGCGCAUUGAGGACUUUGAGAGCAUCCUGCAGCAGCAGCAGUUCGAAGGCGGAGCUGCCGUGGGCGUGCUGGACCACGAUGUUGUGUUCUGGUUCGGUGACCUGAACUUUCGCAUUGAUGACUACGAUAUCCAUGUGGUGAAAAGUGCAAUAGAGAACAAUAAACUGUCUGUGCUCUGGGAGAAAGAUCAGCUCAACAUAGCAAAGAAGAGUGAAUCUGUGAUGGAUGAGUUUGUGGAAGGCCCUCUGAAUUUCCCACCUACCUACAAGUUUGAUGUGGGAACACACACGUAUGACACAAGUGCUAAGAAGAGGAAACCUGCCUGGACAGACCGAAUCCUGUGGCGCCUCCGCAGGACGGGUUCCCCCGUGCCAUCACACAAUGCCGCGCUGCAGCGGGGUCUGACCUCGUGGCUUGGUGGGGCCACACGGGUCACGCAGCACUUUUACCGCAGUCACAUGGGCUACACCGUUAGCGACCACAAACCUGUCUCUGCCCUUUUCUCUCUGCAUUUUCCCUUUAAGCUGGAUCUGCCAUUAGUGACACUGGAGGUGGAAAAGGAGUGGACCAAAGUGUCGGAUGCGACAGCCAAGUUUACUACAGCAUCAGGUUUCCAGAGAAGCACCUGGGACUGGGUGGGAUUGUACAAGGUGGGAUUCAAACACCACAAGGACUAUGCAGCCUAUGUCUGGGCCAAAUCAGACCAUUCCACUCAGGUGACUUUUCCAGAAGAGGAUUUGCCUAGAGACGCAGGAGAAUACGUGCUGGGUUACUACAGCCACAACAUGAACAGCAUUGUGGGAAUUACAGAACCGUUCCAGGUUCAGUUACCUGUCUGUUCCCCUCCUGCUCCGCCGUGUCCAUCCCGCUCAGACAGUUCGGAUGCAAGCUCAGAGGACGACAGCACCAUGGUCCUGCUGGUUUCCAGCUCACGCAGUCCGAGUCCCAGGACACGCUCUAAUAAACGCCAGCAGCGGCACCAUCGCAGUCGCAGCCCGGCCGUGCCCGCUCUGCAGUCCCUCAGUCUGAAACCCAGAGACUCGCCCGUUCCACCCCGCCAGGCUGCGAACACCAAGAAGGAGCGUCUGUUUUCCCCUGACUCACCCUCUCUUAGUCCUCUGAGCCCCGCCAAUGGCAUCAGCGUCCCCGAAGCACUCGUUGCCGCCAUGCUGGGGGAACACAGACCACCUCAGGGCCAGAUCCCAGCCAAGAGUGGGGACUCUAACCGAUGACCACAUAUCUGCUGUCCAAGACUUGUAGAAUGCUAGUACAUAACAGCUACAAUGUGUGAGAGUCAUGGUUUUUAGACGUAGCUCUGACCUGUUGCUGUGUCACAUUGCAGUCUGUUUUCUGCACAUCCAUCUCUUCAAAUCAGUGCCGGUUCGAGCCUUGCUAUUGGGCCUCCUUCUUUUAUCACAAUCUGCUGUGCUCUUGAGCUUUUUGAGUAUGAAUAGGUAGCUAGCUUGUUAUCUUGCUAAUGUCUGAAGACCACUAUGAUGAGAGCUAAGCUGCUAUAUGAUGAGAGCUAACCUGCUAACAUAUCAUAAAGUUUAUUGUUGAGAAUCAAACUCAUCUGCUCUAACUAUCAUAUAGCUUUGAUUGUAGUUUCUUAAGCUAGCUAGCUAUUUUGCUAGCUACUUUUCUGAUUAUUGAGCUAGUGUUAGCAUCCACUCUUGAGACACUCUCAAUGCUAAACCAAGCAGCUAGCAGCAACUAGCAAGACUGAGUGUUUUCACAUGUUUAGCAAAGACAGAGUGCUUUGAAAUGUCUCUUUGCAGCUGGUGGACAGUGUGCCAUGUCCAUGUUUAUCUUGGCAAAUUGUUUUACCGAUCACAGCAUGGCAGUUGGAAUAGCACAGUUGUAGGCUGUUUAUCUUUAAAUGUACACUGGAAUGAUCAGCAUACAUUUGGUUCUGUAUGUCAAACAUUAACAUGUUCUCCUUUCAGCAUAUGAGCUUUUGUUACCCAUGUGACAAAAAGAGAUGAAGAGUUCACCUCCACAUGAGCACAUGGAUGGAUUAAACUAGCCUACAGUAAUUUCUAUAGAGAUCAUUAGUCUUAGGUAUUCUCUUGUGGUCAUUCAGAAAAAUAGCAUUCUCCUAUAUUUCUGCCAAUUUCUAUCUAUACCUUGUCAAUAAUAAAAAGCAAUAUCCUUCACUAUAGAAGCUAUAUACACACACGCAACCCCCAAGGGCCAAAUUGUGAUGGCUAGAUGGACUGGGACAGAGCAUCUCCAAAACGGCAGGUCUUGUGGGGUGUUCCUGGUACGCAAUGGUUAGGAGGCACAAGGGGGGAGAACCGGCGACAGGGUCAUCGGUGCCCAAGGCUCACUGAUGCUCAUGGGGAGUGAAGGCUAGCUCGUCUGGUCCGAUCCCACAGAAGAACUACUGUAGCACAAAUUGCUGAAAAAGUUAUUGCUGGCUAUGACAGAAAGGUGUCAGAACACAGUGUGGGGCUGCGUAGCCACAGACCGGACAGAGUGCCCAUGCUGACCCCUCUCCACCGCCGAAAGCACCUACAAUGGGCAGGUGAGCAUCAGAACUGGACCAUGGAGCAAUGGAAGAAGGUGGCCUGGUCUGAUGAAUCACGUUUUCUUUUACAUCAUGUGGACAGCCAGGUGCGUGAGUGUCACUUACCUGGGGAAGAGAUGGCACCAGGAUGCACUAUGGAAAGAAGGCAAGCCAGCAGACACAGUGUGAUGCUCUGGGCAAUGUUCUGCUGGGAAACCUUGGGUCCUGGCAUUCAUGUGGAUGUUACUUUUACACAUGCCACCUACCUAAGCAGACCAAGUACACCCCUUCACAGCUAUGGUAUUUCCUAAUGGCAGUGGCCUCUUUCAGCAGGAUAAUGCACCCUGCCUCACAGAAAAAAAUUGGUCAAGGAUGGUUUGAGGAACAUGACAAAGAGUUCAAAGUGUUGACAUAGCCUCCAAAUUCCCCAGAUCUCAAUCUGAUCAAGCAUCUGUGGGAUGUGCUGGACAAACAAGUCCAAUCCAUGGAGGCCCCACCUUGUAACUUACAGGACUUAAAGAAUCUGCUGCUAAUGUCUUAGUGCCAGAUACCACAGCUCACCUUCAGAGCUCUUGUGGAGUCCAUGCCUCGAGAUUAUAUAUAUAAACAGUAUAUAUAUAUAUAUAUGUUGGUGGGUAAGUUUUUCUUGGUAUCUUGGAGAACGUGCCACGGUUCUUCUGAAGACAUUGCUGCACUUGCUUCUGUUUUUUUUUUUUUUUUUUUAAGAAAAACCUGAAAACCAGCAUUCUGCAUUCAUUUUUUUUUGUCUGAAAAUCUGAAAAGUAGUCUGUUACGUUAUACUUUCUUUACUGACAUGCAAACAUUUUCUGUAACAUUUAAAUUUUGUUGGAAAAGUAAUGUUUGGAUUUUUUUUACUGAUGCAAUAAUGCAGAAGUCAUAAAAUAAACAUCUGAAACCAUUUGCCAAGAUAUACACAGGACAUGGGUCCGGUCCAAUUCAAUCUAAAGGCCAAUUCACAUCGAAGGCAUGUGAAGUAAAUUUCUGGUCACAAGCCUGAAAAAGCCCGGCCUUCUGUCCUUCUAGCUAGUAGUGCUAUGGAUCGGACAGGCUAAUGCUAGCUCCAUAUGGAUGAGAGGAAAAAAAUCAGAUACUAAUAGUUGUUAGACUUUGACGUGACCAAUCGAAAUUUUCGUUUACGAGGAGCUUCUCUCAGUCAGGCGCUAGAGCAAGUCUUAGAACACGCUCUAUUCUACAUUACACACUAAUGUACUCGUGUAAUGUGUAUGUAGGACGAACCGGCACCAAUGCAGAUCCCCACCUGAGGCUCGUAAAAGUGAUAUGUGUGUGCGUGUGUGUGUGUGAGCUUUAUUCAUUCUUCCUCAGAAAUCUAGUCAUGACUUGUGAUCAUAUGCAGAAGAGAUCUUUCUUUUUUCGACCCACCUAAUGUAGGUGAGUCUGAAUGAACAUUCACAUCAUGUUGUUUGUGUAGAAAAAACCCCAAAAGCCAUAAUCUACAGUAUCUCCAGCCUUAUUGUUCAGUACAGCUACCAAAAAACAGGGUGAGCUGGUCAAACUGAUGGACUUUUUUUUUACUAGCUGGAAAGUGCUACUAAUGUGAAAUCAUAUUAAGAAAAUAACACAUUAAGGCAAUUAGAAAAGCUCAAACAUUUACUGAUAAUGAAGCUGGAAAACAAUUCACCAGCUGCAAAGGUGGUCUUUGACCAGCUCGACUUGAGUUUUGGUAGCUGGUCAGACCAAGCUGGAUUUUCCAGCAGGGAGUGCUGUCCGGGUGAAGAGGAUCAAGCUAUUAUUGAUGUCUUAGGUGAGUGCAAACGUUUGCAUAGAUUUAUACUGUAGAUGUUCCCUCAUUAUCAAAUGUAUCAAAAUUAAAUAUUUUUCUUUGAAGUCAAUAGACACCUUACUUGCAUAAAGCCAAAUGGGAUGUGAACUUUUGAGGUAAGAAAGACGGAUGCUGACACUCAAUUUCAUGUAAUGUUCAUGCAUCUAUUAUAAUAAAGUUUUUUUUUUUCUUUUUUCUUUUUGUUAGAAACCAAAGGGGGUGCAAACUUUUGCACUUUACUCUAGCUUCUCUCUACAUAACAGCCAGACCCAAAAACAAACAAACAAAUAAAUAAUAUUAAAGUAUGGUCAUAGAAUACUACUACACACUGAUUUUGAGCAACAUUUAAGUUAAUUAUGCAACAAGAAAUGUCUUUUUUUCAACUAACUUUUCAUCAAAUGUUAACCCUCUAGAUAACUUAGCUAACAUUGAGUGAAAAAAAAUAAUUAUUGUAUUAAUUGUAUGUAUUAUGUAAAACACAAAUUAUAUGAAAUUUUAUUUUGCUAUUGCUUCUACUCGAUCUGCGGAGCUGCAGCUGUCACUUACUUCAUGACAUUGUGUCUAUUUCUUGCUCAUAGACACUAAGUCAUAUUUGUGUUUUACGCUUUUCAUUAUGAAUUAUCUGCAGUGUCUAAGCAAAUGAUGAAGUGUACAUGUCUAAGCAAAUGAUGAAGUGCAGCUGUUUGACAAAAGCUGGUCACCUGUCCUCUGAUUUAUUGCACCGUUUAGUUUUUGUGAAUCACGUGAAUGUCGUGUGAGAGCUGGUGAACGUUUUUGCAGUUUGAGAGCUUAAAUACAUUGAUUGUGCAAAAUAAAAAAAAGAAUAACUUGAAGACUGUGUUUUCAUUUAUAAAAGUAUCAAACGUAACUUUCAGGAACAUCGUCUGCAUGGCCAUUCUUUCAAAACCUUGGGUUUCUUCUUUUCUAAAUUUAAUCAGUUAUAUUUGGAAUAUCUGCUUUGGAAACUUGGGCCUUUUCAA